UGGUUGGAACGCAUAGAUAUUAUAAAGCAAUGGAACAAAAUAAUGACGUGUUAGCUGUCCCAAACGAAUUGUCUGAAUUUAUUAUUAUUCAGGGACCUAACCUAAAUACUUAUGAGGUGGACAGAUACAUUAAAUGGACUACAAACGCAACAAAAUUGUUUUUAGAUUUAUAUAAAGAAAACAGAGACAAAGUGGGGAGUUUUAAAAUAAAAACCAUUAAAAUAAUGUGGCAACAAAUUGCUGAUAAGUUGCAAAAUUUGUUAAAAAUAAAAGUAAGUCCAAGCCAGUGCGAAAAUCGUUGGCGAGUCUUGGAACGAGGAUAUAAAAAAUACGUUGAUGAUCAGUCGUCCACUGGCAGAGGAAAAACAUUUUUUGAAUAUGAAGAGGAAAUGAAUUGUAUUUUGGGUUUGAUUGAAAUUAUCUUUUUCCUGGAAGAUAUUUCUGCAAAACCUAGAGCAAAACGGCAGAUGGCUGCAGAAAAUGGACAUGCAUCUCCAGGGUUACCUCAAAUCCCAGGUGCUCCUUACAUGCCAGAUAGUCCUUAUAUGCCAGAUAGUCCUUAUAUGCCGGACAGUCCUGAUAUGCCAGAUAGUCCUAAUAUACCAGAUAGUCCUGAUAUGCCAGAUAGUCCAUGUCCUUACAUGCCAUAUGGUCCUUAUAUACCAGAUAGUUCAUGUCCUUAUAUGCCAUAUGGUCCUUAUAUACCAGAUAGUUCAUGUCCUUAUAUACCAUAUGGUCCUUAUAUACCAAAUAAUCCUAAUAUUCCAGAUAGUCCUGAUAUGCAAGAUAGUCCUGAUAUGCCAGAUAGUCCUGAUAUGCCAGAUAGUCCUGAUAUGCCAGAUAGUCCUGAUAUGCCAGAUGCUCCAUGUCCCUAUAUGCCAGAUGGUCCUUAUAUGCCAAAUAGUCCUAAUAUAACAGAUAGUCCAAUUAUGUCAGAUUGCUCUUGUAUGCCAGAGAGUCCCUAUUUGCCAGAUAUUCCUUAUAUACCAGGUACUCCUUAUAUACCAGGUAUUCCAUAUAUACCAGGUACUCCUUAUAUACCAGAUACACCUGAAACGCCAGGUACACCUGAAACGCCAGAUACUCCUUAUAUGCCAGACUUUCCCUAUAUUCCAGGACAACCUCAAAUCUCAGGUAUUCCUAAUAUGCCGGGACAAUCUCAAAUACCAGGUUAUCCUAAUAUACCGAGACAACCUCAAAUCCCAGGUAAUCCUAAUAUACCGGGACAACCUCAAACUCCAGGACAACCUCAAAUCCCAGUUAAUCUUAACAUACCAGGACAAUCUCAAAUCCCAGGUAAUUCUAAUAUACCGGGACAACCUCAAAUCCCAGGUAAUCCUAAUAUACCAGGACAACCUCAAAUUCCAGGUAAUCCUAACAUACCAGGACAACCUCAAAUCCCAAGUAAUCCUAAUAUACCGGGACAAUCUCAAAUCCCAGGUAAUCCUAACAUACCAGGACAACCUCAAAUCCCAGGUAAUUCUAAUAUACCGGGACAACCUCAAAUCCCAGGUAAUCCUAAUAUAACAGGACAACCUCAAAUUCCAGGUAAUCCUAACAUACCACGACAACCUCAAAUCCCAGUUAAUCCUAACAUACCAGGACAAUCUCAAAUUCCAGGUAAUUCUAAUAUACCAGGACGACCUCAAAUCCCAGGUAAUCCUAGUAUACCAGGACAACCUCAAAUUCCAGGUAAUCCUAACAUACCAGGACAACCUCAAAUCCCAGGUAAUUCUAAUAUACCGGGACAACCUCAAAUCCCAGGUAAUCCUAAUAUAUCAGGACAACCUCAAAUUCCAGGUAAUCCGAACAUACCAGGACAACCUCAAAUGCCAGGUAAUUCUAAUAUACCAGGACAACCUCAAAUCCCAGGUAAUCCUAAUAUACCAGGACAACCUCAAAUUCCAGGCAAUCCUAACAUACCAGGACAACCUCAAAUCCCAGAAAAUUCUAAUAUACCGGGACAACCUCAAAUCCCAGGUAAUCCCAAUAUACCAGGACAACCUCAAAUUCCAGGUAAUCGUAAUAUACCAAGACAACCUCAAAUCCCAGGUAAUUCGAAUAUACCGGGACAACCUCAAAUCCCAGGUAAUCCUAAUAUACCAGGACAACCUCAAAUCCCAGGUAAUUCUAAUAUACCGGGACAACCUCAAAUCCCUGGUAAUCCUAAUAUACCAGGACAACCUCAAAUCCCUGGUAAUCCUAAUAUACCAGGACAACCUCAAAUUCCAGGUAAUCCUAACAUACCAGGACAACCUCAAAUCCCAGGUAAUUCUAAUAUACCGAGACAACCUCAAAUCCCAGGUAAUCCUAAUAUACCAGGACAACCUCAAAUUCCAGGUAAUCGUAACAUACCAGGACAACCUCAAAUCCCAGGUAAUUCUAAUAUACCGGGACAACCUCAAAUCCCAGGUAAUCCUAAUAUACCUGGACAACCUAAAAUUCCAGGUAAUCCUAACAUACCAGGACAACCUCAAAUUCCAGUUAAUCCUAACAUACCAGGACAAUCUCAAAUCCCAGGUAAUUCUAAUAUACCGGGACAAUCUCAAAUCCACGGUAAUCCUAAUAUACCAGGACAACCUCAAAUCCCAGGUAAUCCUAACAUACCAGGACAACCUCAAAUCCCAGGUAAUUCGAAUAUACCGGGACUACCUCAAAUCCCAGGUAAUCCUAAUAUGCCAGGACAACCUCAAAUCCCAGGUAAUUCUAAUAUACCGGGACAACUUCAAAUCCCAGGUAAUCCUAAUAUACCAGGACAACCUCAAAUCCCAGGUAAUCCUAAUAUACCAGGACAACCUCAAAUCCCAGGUAAUUCUAAUAUACCGGGACAACCUCAAAUCCCAGGUAAUCCUAAUAUACCAGGACAACCUCAAAUUCCAGGUAAUCCUAACAUACCAGGUCAACCUCAAAUUCCAGUUAAUCCCAACAUACCAGGACAAUCUCAAAUCCCAGGUAAUUCUAAUAUAUCGGGACAACCUCAAAUCCCAGGUAAUCCUAACAUACCAGGACAACCUCAAAUUUCAGGUAAUUCGAAUAUACCGGGACUACCUCAAAUCCCAGGUAAUCCUAAUAUACCAAGACAACCUCAAAUCCCAGGUAAUUCUAAUAUACUGGGACAACCUCAAAUCCCAGGUAAUCCUAAUAUACCAGGACAACCUCAAAUUCCAGUUAAUUCUAAUAUACCGGGACAACCUCAAAUCCCAGGUAAUCCUAAUAUACCAGGACAACCUCAAAUUCCAGGUAAUCCUAACAUACCAGGUCAACCUCAAAUUCCAGUUAAUCCCAACAUACCAGGACAAUCUCAAAUCCCAGGUAAUUCUAAUAUAUCGGGACAACCUCUAAUCCCAGGUAAUCCUAAUAUACCAGGACAACCUCAAAUCCCAGGUAAUCCUAACAUACCAGGACAACCUCAAAUCCCAGGUAAUUCGAAUAUACCGGGACUACCUCAAAUCCCAGGUAAUCCUAAUAUACCAAGACAACCCCAAAUCCCAGGUAAUUCUAAUAUACCGGGACAAUUUCAAAUCCCAGGUAAUCCUAAUAUACCAGGACAACCUCAAAUCCCAGGUUAUCCUAAUAUACCAGGACAACCUCAAAUCCCAGGUAAUCCUAACAUACCAGGACAACCUCAAAUCCCAGGUAAUUCGAAUAUACCGGGACUACCUCAAAUCUUAGGUAAUCCUAAUAUACCAAGACAACCCCAAAUCCCAGGUAAUUCUAAUAUACCGGGACAAUUUCAAAUCCCAGGUAAUCCUAAUAUACCAGGACAACCUCAAAUCCCAGGUAAUCCUAAUAUACCAGGACAACCUCAAAUCCCAGGUAAUCCUAACAUAUCAGGACAACCUCAAAUCCCAGGUAAUUCGAAUAUACCGGGACUACCUCAAAUCCCAGGUAAUCCUAAUAUACCAAGACAACCCCAAAUCCCAGGUAAUUUUAAUAUACCGGGACAAUUUCAAAUCCCAGGUAAUCCUAAUAUACCAGGACAACCUCAAAUCCCAGGUAAUCCUAAUAUACCAGGACAACCUCAAAUUCCAGGUAAUCCUAACAUACCAGGACAAACUCAAAUCCCAGGUAAUUCUAAUAUACCAGGACAUCCCCAAAUCCCAGGUAAUCCUAAUAUACCAGGACAACCUCAAAUCCCAGGUAAUUUGAAUAUACCGGGACAACCUCAAAUCCCAGUUAAUCCUAACAUACCAGGACAAUCUCAAAUUCCAGGUAAUUCUAAUAUACCGGGACAAUCUCAAAUCCCAGGUAAUCCUAAUAUACCGGGACAACCUCAAAUCCCAGCUAAUCCUAACAUACCAGGACAACCUCAAAUUCCAGGUAAUCCUAAUAUACCUGGACAACCUCAAAUCCCAGUUAAUUCGAAUAAACCGGGACAACCUCAAAUCACAGGUUAUCCUAAUAUACCAGGACAACCUCAAAUCCCAGGUAAAUCUAAUAUACCGGGACAACCUCAAAUCCCAGGUUAUCCUAAUAUACCAGGACAACCUCAAAUCCCGAGUAAUUCUAAUAUACCGGGACAACCUCAAAUCCCUGGUAAUCCUAAUAUACCAGGACAACCUCAAAUCCCAGGUAAUCCUAACAUACCAGGACAACCUCAAAUCCCAGGUAAUUCUAAUAUACCGAGACAACCUCAAAUCCCAGGUAAUCCUAAUAUACCAGGACAACCUCAAAUUCCAGGUAAUCCUAACAUACCAGGACAACCUCAAAUCCCAGGUAAUUCUAAUAUACCGAGACAACCUCAAAUCCCAGGUAAUCCUAAUAUACCAGGACAACCUCAAAUUCCAGGUAAUCGUAACAUACCAGGACAACCUCAAAUCCCAGGUAAUUCUAAUAUACCGGGACAACCUCAAAUCCCAGGUAAUCCUAAUAUACCUGGACAACCUAAAAUUCCAGGUAAUCCUAACAUACCAGGUCAACCUCAAAUUCCAGUUAAUCCUAACAUACCAGGACAAUCUCAAAUCCCAGGUAAUUCGAAUAUACCGGGACAACCUCAAAUCCCAGUUAAUCCUAACAUACCAGGACAAUCUCAAAUUCUAGGUAAUUCUAAUAUACCGGGACAAUCUCAAAUCCCAGGUAAUCCUAAUAUACCGGGACAACCUCAAAUCCCAGCUAAUCCUAACAUACCAGGACAACCUCAAAUUCCAGGUAAUCCUAAUAUACCUGGACAACCUCAAAUCCCAGUUAAUUCGAAUAUACCGGGACAACCUCAAAUCCCAGGUUAUCCUAAUAUACCAGGACAACCUCAAAUCCCAGGUAAAUCUAAUAUACCGGGACAACCUCAAAUCCCAGGUUAUCCUAAUAUACCAGGACAACCUCAAAUCCCAGGUAAUUCUAAUAUACCGGGACAACCUCAAAUCCCUGGUAAUCCUAAUAUACCAGGACAACCUCAAAUCCCAGGUAAUCCUAAUAUACCAGGACAACCUCAAAUUCCAGGUAAUCCUAACAUACCAGGACAACCUCAAAUCCCAGGUAAUUCUAAUAUACCGAGACAACCUCAAAUCCCAGGUAAUCCUAAUAUACCAGGACAACCUCAAAUUCCAGGUAAUCGUAACAUACCAGGACAACCUCAAAUCCCAGGUAAUUCUAAUAUACCGGGACAACCUCAAAUCCCAGGUAAUUCUAAUAUACCUGGACAACCUAAAAUUCCAGGUAAUCCUAACAUACCAGGUCAACCUCAAAUUCCAGUUAAUCCUAACAUACCAGGACAAUCUCAAAUCCCAGGUAAUUCUAAUAUACCGGGACAACCUCAAAUCCCCGGUAAUCCUAAUAUACCAGGACAACCUCAAAUCCCAGGUAAUCCUAACAUACCAGGACAACCUCAAAUCCCAGGUAAUUCGAAUAUACCAGGACUAGCUCAAAUCCCAGGUAAUCCUUAUAUGCCAGGACAACCUCAAAUCCCAGGUAAUUCUAAUAUACCGGGACAACCUCAAAUCCCAGGUAAUCCUAAUAUACCAGGACAACCUCAAAUCCCAGGUUAUCCUAAUAUACCAGGACAACUUCAAAUCCCAGGUAAUUCUAAUAUACCGGGAAAACCUCAAAUCCCUGGUAAUCCUAAUAUACCAGGACAACCUCAAAUCCCAGGUAAUCCUAAUAUACCAGGACAACCUCAAAUUCCAGGUAAUUCUAACAUACCAGCACAACCUCAAAUCCCAGGUAAUUCUAAUAUACCAGGACAACCUCAAAUCCCAGGUAAUCCUAAUAUACCAGGACAACCUCAAAUCCCAGGUAAUUCGAAUAUACCGGGACAACCUCAAAUCCCCGUUAAUCCUAACAUACCAGGACAAUCUCAAAUCCCAGGUAAUUAUAAUAUACCGGGACAAUCUCAAAUCCCAGGUAAUCCUAAUAUACCGGGACAACCUCAAAUCCCAGGUAAUCCUAAUAUACCUGGACAACCUCAAAUCUCAGGUAAUUCGAAUAUACCGGGACAACCUCAUAUCCCAGGUAAUCCUAAUAUACCAGGACAACCUCAAAUUUCAGGUAAUCCUAACAUACCAGGACAACCUCAAAUCCCAGUUAAUCCUAACAUACCAGGACAAUCUCAAAUCCCAGGACAACCUCAAAUCCCAAGUUAUCCUAAUAUACCGGGACAAUCUCAAAUCCCAGGUAAUCCUAACAUACCACAACCUCAAAUCCCAGGUAAUUCUAAUAUACCAAGACAACCUCAAAUCCCAGGUAAUCCUAAUAUACCAGGACAACCUCAAAUCCCAGUUAAUCCUAACAUACCAGGACAAUAUCAAAUUCCAGGUAAUUCUAAUAUACCGGGACAACCUCAAAUCCCAGGUAAUCCUAAUAUACCAGGACAACCUCAAAUCCCAAGUAAUCCUAAUAUACCGGGACAAUCUCAAAUCCCAGGUUAUCCUAAUUUACCGGGACAACCUCAAAUUCCAGGUAAUCCUAACAUACCAGGACAACCUCAAAUGCCAGGUAGUUCUAAUAUACCAGGACAACGUCAAAUCCCAGGUAACCCUAAUAUACCGGGACAGUCUCAAAUCCCAGGUAAUCCUAAUAUACCAGGACAACCUCAAAUCCCAGUUAAUCCUAACAUACCAGGACAAUAUCAAAUUCCAGGUAAUCCUAACAUACCAGGACAACCUCAAAUCCUAGGUAACCCUAAUAUACCUGUACAGUCUCAAAUCCCAGGUAAUCCUAAUAUACCAGGACUACCUCAAAUUCCAGAUAAUGCUAAUAGGCCGGGACAACCUCAAUUCCCAGGUAAUCCUAAUUUACCGGGACAACCUCAAUUCCCAGGUAAUCUUAAUUUACCGGGACAACCUCAAAUCGCAGCUCUUCGGUAA